AGACAGAAACACUCGAAGAACCGGAGCGCUGUCGGUUAGAGAAUUAAAUUUUCAUAUGAAAAAGAAACGAACUGGUUAAUAGCGGUUAACACGUUACAACCGUUAUACUUGGUUUAUAGCCGAUCAAAGUAUUAAGGCGAUUCUUAUAGCCAGUGAUUAAUAAUUCGGCUUCUUCAUCAACACCCGCGUGUGUCCGGUGCCUUGAUUUUGCUCCUUUUUAAUAACCAUUUAGGUAUCGAAAAUGCCGCGAUUUUCAAAAUUAUCGCUCGGGUUUGCGUUAUGUGUAGUUUUAUGUGUAUCUUUUAUCGAUGUACGUGGAAGUCCUGUAGUUGAAAAUACAAACGAUGGAGACGAUGCGGAAGACGACAAAUUAUCGCCAGAAUUGGAAGAAUUGUUGAUGAAAAAAAAGCGAAGAUUCGAUUGCCCUUUGUGCGAUUCAUCGGUUUAUAGUUAUUGCAGCGAUAAGCUUUUACACGAUGCAUGUUGCUGUCUGAGUCCAUAUGAAACACAUCUUCCUCUGCAAUGCAAAUUUGCCGAUUGCUCGUUCCUGCACGCGAACUCUUGCAAAGAGCACAGAUUAAUAACAGCGUGCUGCUGUAACCAAUUGGCUAACUGACAGCGCGAAAGAAAAGCCUUCAUCCGAAGAAAAGCGACGAGUUGAAUUGGCUGAUGGGAUUUGAGCUACAUUAAUUAGCAUUUAUCCUUAAGUUAAGUAAUAUAAUGUGUUCAGUGGAAUUCAUAAUGAGCGAAGUGAUUUUUUUUCUUACUUGGAAUAGUUCGAGAUAAUGCACUAAGAUGAAAGUGUCGGAAUUUUUUUCUUAAUCUUUCUGAUUUUUUGCUAAUUCCGCGGAUAUUUAGACCAAAAAUAAAAACAAUUUUAUUAUUAUACAAAUAGGUUUCAUCGCACAUGCAAUAAUGGGCUAAUACCUACUUAUUUGAAACGAAUUAUGCCAAUUUUUGUGUAUUUAUGCAUAGGUACAAUCUUUUAAUUAUAUUUUCGCAUUUAUAAUUUGUGUACUUCAAAAUACGUAAUAUUGUUGUACAAACCUAUACCUAAUCAAUAAAUACAAAUUAUUUUAUUAUUUGUAUAAUUGCACCAAUUUUUAAAUAAAUUUUUCUUGUUUUAUUUUUAA